AUGCUUUUUUUGGGCAUAUAUGUCAUUUUUUUCGUUUUUUCUCCACCAUUUUUAUAUGGUACUAAAGUAAAUCUAGUAUCAUCCCCUACCCGUUGUAUAAGAAACCAUAAUAUAAAUUUUGUUAGUAAUUUGAAAAAGUGUAAACACAAAUGGACUAGACGAAAUAAAUUACACGUUUUAAUAAAUUCUCCUGCACAAGUAAAACUUUCAGAAAUAGAAGAUGACAGAGAUAGGAGUGGGAAAUUCUGUGUGAUUGAAAUAUGUGGUAAGAUCAGAUGGGUUGAGGAGGGAAGAUAUUAUGACGUAUUUAGAAUUAAACAAGAAGAAAACAAAAAUAUAUAUUUAAAUAGAGUUUUUUUUUAUAGUACUAUGAACGGGAAACUAUUAUUUGGUACUCCUUUUUUAGAUAAUGUAAGAAUAAAAGCAACAGUUAUGAAUCAUUUUAGAGGAAAUAAAAUAUAUCGUUUAAAAUUUAAGCCCAAGAAAAAUUAUAAAAGAUUUUAUGGACACAGACAAGAAAUGAGUAGAAUAUUCAUAAAUAAAAUCGAAAUAAAUAAUGAAUUAAUUGAUCAAGAAAAAAGAAAAUAUAAUUUUUUUAAAGAUGAUUCCAUUUAUUACGUACUCAAUCGGAUUCACAAUAUUGUGAGGCCAAGUUUGGAAUUAAAAUAUUUAAAAAGAAAUUUCAUGGACUACCUCAAUAAAUUCUGCAGCCUUAAAUUUGAGACGUUUUAUAAACAUAGAGGAAAUUAUAAAAAAGAGCAAAUGCUUAGAAACAUUUUGAAAACCAAAAAAUUAAGUAAAAGACCUGAGGUUCAGGAAGAGGUUCGGAAAAUAGAACAGGAAAAGGAAAAUAAGCGAAAGAAUAAGUAUGACCCUCUUGCUGAUUUUGACCCCGUGGCUAAUGAGUGUUUAAUAAGGGAACAUUUCUACACUUGA